AUGGUGAAGCAACCGCCCAGUUUUUUCCCUACAGCUGCGUUGGACCAUGCAGUUGCAGGGCUAGGUGCUGGUGUUGUUGCAACACUAUGCAUGAACCCUCUCGAUUUGUUGAAAGUCAAAUUCCAAGUUUCUACGACGGACCCUCGACGUGGAAUCGGAAAACAAAUAUGGCUCGGACUCAGAGACAUUCAUCGUGAAAACGGUUGGAAAGGGUUAUACCGUGGAGUUGGCCCGAAUAUUGCAGGGAAUGCGUCAAGCUGGGGGCUGUACUUCCUAUUUUAUAAUAUGCUCAAGAAGCGAGCUUCAGGUGGUGAUAUCACGAAGCCUUUGUCUCCACAAGAAUAUCUUUUGUGUUCUGCUGAAGCGAGUGCUGUUACAGCCGUAAUAACGAAUCCUAUGUGGGUCGUACGGGUUCGAAUGUUCACUUCUGAUGCAAGUUCCCCGGAUGCAUACCGAGGCCUUUUCCAUGGAUUUAGUUCCAUACUACGAAACGAAGGUUUCUCCGGUCUAUUUCGCGGUACCACACUGGCUUUGUUUGGUGUAAGCAACGGCGCCAUUCAGUUCAUGGCUUACGAGGAAAUGAAACGGUGGGGAUUUGAGAGGAAGAGAAGGCAACUAGAAGAAAUGGGUAAACCUUGGUCCCCAGAGGUUGAUAAACUGUCAAAUUCCUCGUAUACCGCCAUGUCGGCAGCAAGCAAACUAUUGGCACUAUCGGUAACAUACCCUUAUCAGGUCGUACGCUCACGGAUACAGAACGACGUGACUGCGCAUGUGUAUCCCACUAUACGGAGCACGAUUCACAAAACCUGGUCGAAUGAAGGGUUUAAAGGAUUCUACCGCGGCCUUGCAACGAAUUUGGUUCGAAUUCUGCCGGGGACGUGCGUAACAUUUGUCGUAUACGAGAAUCUGGCUUGGCUGUUGAGAUCGACAGCUGCAAAACGAGAGCAUCUAAGAGGGCAUAGCGAGACUGAAUGA